AUGGCGGCGGGCGGGGAUGGCGUGGCUCGACAGGCUGAGCUCCGCUGGAUCGAGGGGAACGUCUGCUUCAAGAAGGUGCCCUCGUCGAUGCAGGAACCACCUUCUCAUCCAAAGCUGCCUCCUCGUGCCCUGAUGCGUGCGCCCCCAUCCACGCUGCCAUACAUGGUUCAGCUACGAGCAGUCAUAACUUUCAACCUCAUGCCUUUUUCCUUUGCUGAAAUUGGUGCUAAGUGUGAUUUAUAA